AUGAUCCUGAACAACCAAUCAAUUCCAAGAACAGACUUAGAAAGGAAAGGUCUGACACACUUUGUUAUUGUAGUUGGGAAAUUCGACAGCGGCGACGAUAAGAGAAAGCCGUUUUUUGUGUUGGGCUGUGAACGGGGUGGGAAGUACGUGUCAACCAAUAAGAAGUUGAAAUUUGAUCAAACCAGAACUAGGAAAUGUGGAUGUCCAUUCCUACUUCGUGAUUAUUAUCUUGCAUCAAAGGUAUGGCGUUUAAGUGUUGUGAAUGGCACACACAACCACAAGUUGGACAAAGAGCUAGAAGGACAUCUUGAGGUGGGUCGUUUGAAACCGAAUGAGAAGGGGUUUUUGGACGAAAUGACAAGGAAUUUGGUCACACCAAGAAAUAUAAUCUCCACAUUGAAAGAUAGAGAUCCGGAGAAUAAGACUUCAGCAAAGCAAAUCUACAACGCCCGUCAUAGGUAUAAAGUUGUAAUGAAAGCGUCAAGGACUGAAAUGCAACACUUGUUCAAAAAUCUUGACGAUAACAAAUAUUUUUUCAAACAUAGAUUGGUUGUUGAAGAUAGAGUUGAACAUCUUCAGGAUAUUUUCUUUGCACAUUCAAAAUUCGUAAGUUUGUUCAACUCCUUUCCUACUGUCUUGAUGAUGGAUUCGACCUACAAAACGAACAAGUACAAAAUGUCAUUAUUUAAGAUAGUCAGUUUCACUUCAACUGAGACGACAUUCAAUGUUGGGUUUGCUUGGCUUACUAAUGAAAAAUAA